AUGCGAAGCAAAUUCAAGGACGAGCAUCCCUUCGAGAAGCGCAAGGCUGAAGCCGAGCGUAUUCGGCAGAAAUAUACCGAUCGCAUUCCAGUUAUUUGCGAAAAGGUCGAAAAGAGCGACAUUGCUACCAUCGACAAAAAGAAGUAUCUGGUGCCGUCAGAUUUGACUGUCGGCCAGUUCGUCUAUGUCAUCCGGAAGAGAAUUAAGUUGUCUCCAGAGAAGGCCAUCUUCAUAUUCGUCGACGAGGUUUUGCCACCGACUGCGGCCCUUAUGAGCAGCAUCUACGAAGAACACAAAGAUGAAGAUGGAUUUCUUUACAUUACAUACUCCGGCGAGAACACGUUUGGUUUUUUCCAAGAGGGCUAA